UCAUCAUUUGUUUCGCUGACUCGUGCUGAAGAACACGUUUCAGAUAUAAAUAGUGGUCUAUAAAUAAAGGCCGUGUGUCCAUUCAGUCGCAUGCCACGUGCGGUGCAGUUCCGAAUCUUCGGUUAUAUUGUGAAGAAAAAGCUCUAAAAAUAGGCAUAAAUGGCGGCAAAAUAUGAGAUACGGAGUAACGACACCCUCGGCAGUUUUCAGACAGGCCUCAUGCUAUUCUUCAAUCGAUACGAACAUUUUAGGUACCUAGUCGCCGUUAAAGACUUGAGAGCGGGCGAAAAGAUCUUCAUGGACACGCCAUUCGUGCUCGGCCCCAACAGCGACACUUCACUGGUCUGCUACAACUGCUACCUGCCUCUGAUCAACAAGUUCUUGGUUUGCAAGCAGUGCGCGAUGGCGCCACUGUGCGGCGAGGGCUGCCCGCAGCCGCUCACUUACAAUUGGCACUCUAAAUCAGAAUGCGAAUUCUUCAGAACGCUCAAGUUAACCAAGGGUCUAAGUCCAAUGGUGAUGGUGCAAAACGUGGGCUCUCUCAUCGUCCUGCGAGCCUUGCUGAAGAAGACCACUGAUCCUCAGACGUGGCAGGAGUUCAUGCAGCUCGAGACGCAUUUAGAGGAGAGGAAGAAUAGCAGUGUUUGGGAAUUCUAUGAGAAUACGGUGACGUUUAUCGAAUCUCUGGGUCUUCUUGAAGAUAUACCCGACAAGAAUAUAGUGCAGAAGAUUUGCGCCGCGAUCGACGUGAAUUGCUUCGACGUCCGCGGCCCCCAAAUUCCAGGCAUUGGUUGCUCAGAAAUUUUACGAGGAGUUUACCUCCAGGCGGCGCUACUAGCGCACGAUUGUGCGGGAAACACUCACAUGGCUAUAAAUGAUAAUAACCUCCUUGUUUGCCAUGCUAGCAGUGAUAUCAAGAAAGGAGAAACCAUUUAUUAUAAUUAUACAGAUCCUUUGAAGGGUACAGCACUGCGCCAACAGCACCUGCUGAUCGGGAAAUACUUCAAAUGCACAUGCGAGCGCUGCGCCGACGCCACAGAGUUGGGCACUUUCGUCAGUUCUGCUAUCUGCCCGACGUGCAAGACUGGAUACUUAUCCACUACCGAUGGGGGGGAGUGGACGUGUAAUGACUGUAAGAAAGACUUCGCCCAAGAAAUUAUAGGACACAGAAUACAGUGCUGUGCGGAUAAGUUGGAUUUUAUAAAUAAAAAAGAUGAGAAAGAAUUAGAAGAGUACAUCCGCAAUGUAUCGCUGGUGCUCGCGCCCAACCACUAUCUACUUCUGGACGCGAAGCAGCGACUCGCGGGAGUGUUGAGAGACGUCAUCAACAGAGAACCCCACCCUACUAAGAAAGUGAUGCGACGGAAGAUACAGUUGUGCAACGAAUUACUGCCGAUCAUUGAGAAACUUACUCCGGGAAUUUCUAGGACUAAAGCUAUAACCAUGUACGAGUUGCAUGCCACCAUGGUGCAGCUGGCGAAGAAACUAUUCGAUUCCCGUGAAAUUAGUGGAUCUGGAUACAUGGAUGAACUUCUUCUUGCGGAAAAAUACCUUAAACGCGCCUUAGAAAUGCUGUUUAUCGAACCGGGGAAUUCCCCAGAAGGAGAGCUAUGUGCUAAAGCCCUCGAGGAGUACAGGGCCCUAAAGGCUACCAUGAACAGUGUUCUGGACGGACUACAUGAGGUGGGGAAAACUUAUGUUAGCGAAGUAGCAGAGGAGGCAGCGGAAACCAAUAUUAACUGAAAUAAAGAUAUAUUGUGAUACUACUGAUAUUGGA